CUGCCGCCCUCCGUCACCGCGUCCACUUCCGCCCCGGAAGGAGGUGCCUCCCCCUCGGCUCGCCCCUGACCGUCACCCCUGGGUCCCGCGGGGUUGCAGCGCUGUCGCCUCCGGUCCGGCCUCCUCCGCGCGAGUGGACAGCGGUCUUCAGGCGGCGGGAAGAGCCUGACCUAAAAAUCUCCAAUGGCUAACGAAGCUCAUCCUUGCCCGUGCGACAUUGGCCAUAGGAUAGAGUACGGAGGGUUGGGGCAUGAAGUUCAAGUCGAGCAUAUCAAGGCUUAUCUCACUAAGUCCCCUGUGGACGCGGGCAAAGCAGUGAUUGUCAUUCAAGAUAUAUUUGGCUGGCAGUUGCCCAAUACCAGAUACAUGGCUGACAUGAUUGCAGGAAAUGGAUACACAACCAUCGUUCCAGACUUCUUUGUAGGACAGGAGCCGUGGCACCCCUCUGGGGACUGGUCCACCUUCCCUGAGUGGUUGAAGACGAGAGAUGCCAGAAAGAUCAACAGAGAGGUUGAUGCCGUCUUGAGGUAUAUGAAACAACAGUGUCACGCCACGAGAAUUGGCAUCGUGGGAUUCUGCUGGGGAGGAGUUGCUGUGCAUCACCUGAUGCUGAAAUACCCAGAGUUCAGGGCGGGGGUGUCUGUCUACGGCAUCAUCAGGGACGCCGAAGAUGUGUAUGAUUUAAAGAACCCCACCUUGUUCAUUUUUGCUGAAAAUGAUGCAGUGAUUCCUCUUGAGCAGGUCUCUCUGCUGACUCAGAAGUUGAAAGAACACUGCAAAGUGCAAUAUCAGAUCAAAACGUUUUCUGGGCAAACGCAUGGGUUUGUGCACCGCAAGAGAGAAGACUGUUCGCCUGAGGACAAGCCCUACAUUGACGAGGCCAGAAGGAAUUUACUCGAGUGGCUGCACAAGUACCUGUAGCCCCAGCCGAGUGCAGACUUCUCCAGAAAAGCUCUCAUCCGGAAAUUGACUUUGAAAUCCUUAGAUCAUUUGAUUUCAUUUUCACCUGACAGAAAAUAAAUCAAGGAAUCCUGGAAUUCAUUACAUCAUCGGAAACACAAAUUCAGUGGAAAAAUUGUAAUGUAUGAAAUACCUUAAUUUUUCACAUGUGCCUAAAUAAAAAAAAAUUACCAACAGGUCAGUACCUGAAGGAUUUGAAUGGUAUAUAUUCUAACUCUUCGUAAAAACUCAGGACUAUCUGGGGACCAGCUGACAGCUCGGCUAUGGCCUUCCUGGCCUUGAAUUGCGCCCAUCCUUUUAAAAUGGCUAAUUAGGCAAAACUGUGAAAAGCAUGAAAUGUAAACUCAGCAGAAUAAGGCCACCCUAAUUAGACAUUUAUCUGUCUUAAUAUGGAUGAAUUUGUCAUGUUCCUAUAUUGCAUUAUGAGAAAUAUUGGGAUUAAAAUAGGGUUCCAUUGACCUAAUUAUAUCAAGCUAAUAAAUUUGAUUUUUGAGUUUUUGAA